UGAUGAUUACGUGAAAGGAAACUGAACAGCGGCGACCUGUCAUCUACAAAGCUGAACGAGUUAGGAUAAUUGGAGCCUGUUGCAGCAAUCGCGGCCUAAGAUUGGCUCACGCGCGGAACGAAAAACCGAGGAGGUAAAAGACGACACCCCUCAGAAGCAGUUCUGUCUCAGGGACAUGAAGUACAACAGUGCAGAACUGCUCGCAGUAUGCAGCCGCCCAACUGAAAUACUGGAGCACAUGUGAAAGCGGCAGGAUUUGACCAACGGGCAAACACAGGAAGAAGCAGACAAUUCCUUCUCUGUCCCGUGUAAGGCUGAAUCUGGUUGGCUUUUGACCCGCCGGCAUCUUCACCACGGCCAAAGGACGGCUUCCCUGCUGAAGCGCCCUUCGGAUCCGCCCGAAAUGCUGAAGUAUCUGAGGCUGGCACAGAUGACGCUGCAAGAGAUCUCCCCAAAGUGCGAGUACUCGCGUUAUCUGCUGAAUCAACUCGCGGCAUGGUGCCCGACAUUAAAAACGGAACUGUCCCUGCGGCGCGCUGAUCAGACAUUGUACGUCCAGACGGCGAAGACGACGCAUCAUCUGGACGUAAAGCAGAUACCAGAGCGAGCUUUGCAGCAGGACAUCCCCCGACGUCUGCGCGUAGGCCGGCUGCAACUGCUGGAUGUUGUAUGGCGUCAUCGCGAGGCUGACGGCCAUCAGGAAGAUGAGGAGGAACCGAACCAUCAUGUGCCGCCUGCAUGGCAGCCCUGCGUUUCCCCUUCUUACGUAAACGUUGGGCCCGGCGCACAGCUCGAACUUUGAAGUUUCCCCAACAAUUUAACAGGAUCAUCGGAGGUUUCAGCGUUGCCCUGUGCAUCCUGAGCACGCUCUUUGCGAAGAGUCGCUGGCGCGGAAGGCCGCGCAGCCGCAGACAUCACAAUGCCCGCAACCGCAGCAGCCACAGCAGCAACAGUGCGCCUCGGCGCGUGCUCCCGGAUCGCCGCCUGCACUGCCGCCGCCAAAAGGGAGGGGGCAUCAGCAGCUAUGGCGCUCAUCUAUGUCUAGCGAGGGGAGGCCUGGGAGGCAGCUAAACAAAUGCAAUUGCUUGAGCCAAUAUGUGUUGCU